CCGACGGGAGCGGACGUCGCGUCACUUAUCCUGUGCCGGCUACAAAUAAACGCUAAUGUUUGCGCGUCCAGUGGUGCCGUCCCGACGACUUUUUCUAUUUUAAACUGUGUGUCCUUUAUGUGCUAGGAUAUUUUAUCUUGGAUACUUAUACGUGUUAUUGAAGACUGUGUUUAUAUUACAGUAUUAUAAGAAUUUGUGAUCUUCGUAUGUAUUAUUUGAUAUAGUGAUUAAAGACAUUUGUUUAAUUGUGCUAUUUAGUGAAAUGGAUUGUAGCUUCUAGUUGAAGCUUAUUAUAAUGUCGAAGACUUUGAACGCAUACAGAAUAAAGAAGAUCGAAUCCCUGGGCAGGAUGACGGCGAUGACGCAGGAGGAGAUGGUGGCCGGCGCGCGUACGGUUGCCGCGGGCCUGGAGGCGCUGCGGGCUGAGCACGCGCAACUGCUUGCCGGUCUCGCCGCUAACACUCAACAUGAACACGAGAAAGCAGCCCUAGUGAGGAAGAGCAUUGAUGCCAUCGAGCUGGGCCUGGGAGAGGCACAGGUGAUGAUGGCUCUGGCGUCACACCUGCAGUCAGUGGAAGCGGAGAAGCAGAAGCUGCGGACGCAGGUGCGGCGGCUGUGCCAGGAGAACGCCUGGCUGCGGGACGAGCUGGCGGCCGCACAGCAGCGCCUGCAGGCCUCCGAGCAGCGAGUCGCGCAGCUCGAGGAGGAGAACAAACAUCUCGACUUUAUGGCCUCUAUACGUAAAUACGACAGCGACGUGACAGAGGAGUCUGAGGGCAGCCGCAGCGGACCCGCGGACGGCAAACGCGACGACCCAAUGGUCGACCUCUUCCCCGAUGACGACCAUGAUGAUAACAGGAACAACAAAUCGAUGUCCCCUACCCCGCCGUCUCAGUUCGCGCAGCAGGUGAACGCAGGGUACGAGAUCCCGGCGCGGCUGCGCACGCUGCACAACCUGGUGAUCCAGUACGCGUCUCAGGGCCGCUACGAGGUGGCCGUGCCGCUCUGCAAGCAGGCCCUCGAGGAUCUGGAGAAGACCUCGGGACAUGAUCAUCCUGAUGUCGCCACCAUGCUCAAUAUACUUGCCCUCGUAUACAGAGACCAGAACAAAUACAAGGAGGCGGCCAAUCUGCUGAACGACGCGCUCUCCAUCCGCGAGAAGACGCUGGGGGAGAACCACCCCGCCGUCGCCGCCACACUCAACAACCUCGCCGUGCUCUAUGGCAAGAGGGGCAAGUACCGCGAGGCGGAGCCGCUGUGCAAGCGCGCGCUGUGCAUCAGAGAGGCGGUGCUGGGCAGAGACCAUCCUGACGUCGCCAAGCAGCUCAACAACCUCGCGCUGCUCUGCCAGAACCAGAACAAGUACGAGGAGGUGGAGCAGUACUACCAGCGCGCGCUGGAGAUCUACGAGAGCAAGCUCGGCCCCGACGACCCCAACGUCGCCAAGACCAAGAACAACCUCGCCUCCUGCUACCUCAAGCAGGGUAAAUACAAGGAAGCAGAGACUUUGUACAAGCAGGUGCUGACGCGCGCACACGAGAGAGAAUUCGGCACUAUUGAUGGUGACAACAAGCCGAUCUGGCAGGUGGCGGAGGAGAGGGAGGAGAACAAGCACUUACAGAAGGAGAAUGCUCCGUACGGAGAGUACGGCGGCUGGCACAAGGCGGCUAAGGUGGACUCGCCGACAGUGACGACUACGCUGAAGAACCUGGGCGCGCUGUACCGCCGCCAGGGCAAGUACGAGGCCGCUGAGACCCUGGAGGACUGCGCACUGCGCAGCAGGAAAGAGGCAUUGGAAGGUGUGAAACAGAGUCGCGCGCGUCGCACCGCAGGCCGCGACUUAGCCGAGCCCCCGACAGAACACGACGAGGGCACGAAUCAAGCGAGCGAGCCGCGUAUGAACCUUAAAUCGAAACUGUUCAAUGCGCUAGGUAUCAACACGGGCAGUAACGCACCGCACCAGUAGUACACUAAGACCACCUAACCUAGGAUUUAUCUUUUAAGUAAUCACCCGCUUUAAAUGAUGUCUCUCAGAGGCUUUGGAACAUUUCUUACGUUCUAAAGCAUCUCUCAAUAUAGAGAACAAUCAUUUUCACAAUUACUGUCCGCUCUGUUGUGUUUUGUAGCGCGUUUUAUAAUCUAUGAUGCGUAACUCAAAAUACAUUUUUUAAUCUAUGGCACAUUUCUAUGAAACGCAAAAUGGCGGACUUUGUAGCUUAGUAUUUAUUAGCAUGCUAUAAGUUUAAUUAUAAAAUAUCGAAAAAAAAAAUAUUAUGUUACAAAAUUAUGAUGCGUUAUAGAGAAUUGUGUAUGAAAACCGUCCUCACAGAAUUUGACGUAUCUUCAUUUACGAUCAUGACAUAAUAAUAGAUGGGAAAUAAUUAAUUUUAUAUCGAUUCUAUUUUCCAGUGCAAUUUUAUUCCAUAUAGUACUGAUAGGUGAAAUAGAGCAUUUAAAAUUAAAAAAUAAACAGUUUUUUUUUAAUAUUUAUUUAUUAAAA